ACUGUCCUCAUCGCACAACCUGGAAGAGCCGGCCCAGCUGCUUCUCUAUUGGCGGUUCCUCCAUUCAUGUGACUCUUCUGCACGCGCCCUCAAAGCUGAUGCUGAGAACUUGCUUCCUGAUUGGUAGCCGGGCGAAUCCACGUGACUUGGCCGCUAAUGCCCGCCCAACUCGCUCCCCUAUUGGUUGAAAUCGCAGCCCUUCAGCUGCUACGAUGAGAACGGAGCACUCGGGCUAGGAAGCGGAUCUCGCAGGCUCCGAGCGUCAGCUGCCGGCUCGGUGCCAUGGCGUCCCAGGGUCGUCGGCGGAGGCCCCUGCGGAGGCCGGAGACGGUGGUGCCGGGGGAGGCGACCGAGACGGAUUCCGAGCCCUCUGUGUCCUCGUCGGAGGAGGAGGAGCUGUACCUGGGUCCUUCGGGCCCGACGCGCGGCCGCCCCACGGGGCUGCGGGUGGCUGGGGAAGCCGCGGAGACCGACUCGGACCCGGAGCCGGAGCCGACGGCUGCGCCGAGGGACCUGCCUCCACUCGUGGUGCAGCGGGAAUCGGCGGAGGAGGCCUGGGGCACGGAGGAGGCCCCGGCGCCCGCCCCCGCGCGCUCGCUCCUGCAACUUCGGCUGGCGGAGAGCCAGGCGCGGCUGGACCACGACGUGGCGGCCGCCGUGAGCGGUGUCUACCGCCGUGCGGGCCGCGACGUGGCCGCCCUGGCUAGUAGGCUGGCGGCAGCCCAGGCGGCGGGGCUGGCGGCGGCCCACAGCGUGCGCCUGGCGCGCGGGGACCUUUGUGCGCUGGCCGAGCGUCUGGACAUCGUGGCUGGCUGCCGCCUGCUGCCGGACAUCCGCGGCGUGCCAGGGACCGAGCCUGAGCAAGACCCGGGGCCGCGGGCCUAGCCAUGAUUCUACUUCCCAACCUGACUCUGCAAUUUGGGGGUAGGCCUUGCUGCCUCUGGGACCUGACUCUGUCUCCUGUGUCUCUUAUCAUCCCCCACCCCGCUCCCAUCUUGGUGUCACCCAUGGGGGCUAAUCCGGUUCCCUUGGAUAAUGCUUUAUAUUGGAUAUAGUUCAACCCCUACUGUGGAGACCAGGGCCCCACUACCCUUAGAUCUGGUUCCUCCCCCGAUCCUGACCCUGCCGCCUGAUUCUGAGUCUUCCCCUGGGGCUUGGCUCCAGCCUUUGAUAAAUAGUUGCUCCUUAAUCUGUUUCCACCCUGGGGGCUCACCUUUUUUUUUUUUUUUUUUUUUGAGACAGGGUGUCAUAUCUGUCACCCAGGCUAGAGUGCAGUGGCAGGAUUACCACUCACUGCAACCUCGACCUCCUGGGCUCAAGUGAUCCUCCCAGCUCAGCCUUCAGGAGUAGCUGGGACUGCAGACCUGCACCACCACACCCAGUUGCCUGGUUAAUUUUUUUCUGUCGGUUUGAAGAGAAGAGAAGGUCUCACUAUGUUGCCCAGGCUUGUCUCAAACUCCCGGGCUCAAGCAAUCCUCCCACUGAGGCGUCCCAAAGUGCUGGGGUUACAGGUGUGAGCCACCACACACUGGGCUCUGCUCUGCCUUUCUGAGUUUGGUUUCUGCUUAUGGUGGGGGGCUUGUUCCCGUUCUUCCCACAAGAACCCAGGAUGUGGCACAGCUUCCCUGCCGUCUUCCUUCACUCAGUUGGCUACGCCUCCCAUCCUAGCUCCACUUCCAGAACUGCCUUCACCCUAGGCUGGGUCCUUGUUUUGUUUUUAGAGACAGGGUCUCACUCUGUCUCCCAGGCUGGAGUACAGUGGCAUGAUCUUGGCUCACUGCCACCUCCACCUCCCGAGUUCAAGCGAUUCUCCUGCCUCAGCCUCCCGAGUAGCUAGGAUUACAGGCACGCACCACCACGCCUGGCUAAUUUUUAUAUUUUUAGUAGAGAUGAGGUUUCACCUUGUUGGCGAGGCUGGUCUUGAACUCCUGGCCUCAGGUGAUCGACCCGCCUCACCUCCCAAAGUGCUGGGAUUACAGGCAUGGGCCACUGUGCCUGGCCAGCUGGGUCCUUGUUCUGCUGUCCAAGCUUGGCCCUGGUUCCGUGGGCUGGUUCUACUUUUUGUUCUCCCAUCUUCUGCCUCCUGCCUCCUCCUGUUUGAGCUUAACCCCGCCCUCUCAGCCUGAUUUCUGUUUCCCAAGUCCAGCUGUGUCUUGGGAUAGGUUUUGCUUUCUUUUACUGUCUCCAUCCUGCUUACACCUCCCUGAUCCUGGGGUCUGGGGACUCCCCAUGGUUUCCUUCCUUCUGCAGGCCCAAAAUGAUGGCUCCUUUUAACCCAAGGCAGGGGAUCUUCCUCCCAACUCCCUGGACCAAGGUGGCAUUUCCUGCACACCCCUCCAGGCCAAGAUGAUGCUCGCUCUCAACUCUCCAGGCCAAGAUGGCGUCUCCUCUUGACUCUCCAGACCUAAAGUGACACCCUUCAGGCACUUCGGGCCCAAUUCAGCCCUGCCCUGGUGCUUUGGGCGCCAGAUGACAGCACUUUGCAGAUAAGAACGAUAUGAUGUGUGGAUUUCACUACAUUUGGCUCCUGGAUGCUAUAAAAGGACUUGGAUUUCUGACUUGGCUCAGGGACUGGGGUUAGCAGUCUCUUUCUGCUCCUUCUCACCUGUGUUUUCUUCUGAUCCCAGCUCUGGUCCCUCAGCCACAUUCAUAUUUACUCUCCUCUCCCAGCCUGAUACCCCUGUCCCUUAUCUCAACCUGAAGCCAAGAUCUGAGCCCCCAAGAUGGAGAAUGGGGAGGAGCUUUUUAUGGCGGACUGAUUAAAACUCUUAAGCAUUUA